AUGUGGAGGCUGCGCCUACGCCGGGACGCGUUACUCACGCUACUCCUCGGCGCCACCCUCGGCCUCCUACUCUAUACGCAGCGCGAAGGGGCGGCCCCGAGGAUGAGCGCGCCACGAGCGCGAGGGCGGCCCGCCCGAAAGCCCACCCCGGGUCCUCGUGCGUUCCAGGUACUGGAAGCAGGCGCAGCUCCGCCGAUGUACGAAGGGGACACACCGGUGCCACCCACGCCCACGGGUCCCUUUGACUUCGGUCGCUACUUGCGCGCCAAGGACCAGCGGCGCUUCCCGCUACUCAUUAACCAACCGCACAAGUGCCGCGGUGAUGGUGCACUCAACGAUCGACCUGAUCUACUCAUUGCUGUCAAGUCAGUGGCUGCUGAUUUCGAGCGGCGUCAGGCCGUGCGCCAGACGUGGGGUGCCGAGGGCCGCAUACAGGGGGCGCUCGUGCGGCGAGUGUUCUUGCUGGGCGUGCCUAGGGUCGUAGGCACAGACGUGGGGAACGCGGAGGGGCUGGGCGCGCGCACGCACUGGCGCACCCUUUUGGGAGCGGAGAGUCUUGCAUACGCAGACAUCCUCCUUUGGGAUUUCGAUGACACUUUUUUCAAUCUAACGCUCAAAGAGAUCCACUUUCUGGCCUGGGCCUCAGCCUUUUGCCCUGAUGCGCGCUUCGUUUUUAAGGGUGACGCCGAUGUGUUCGUGCACAUGGGGAACCUGCUGGACUUCCUGGCGCCGCGGGAUCCAGCACAGGACCUGCUUGCGGGUGAUGUGAUUGUGCAGGCGCGGCCAAUCCGCGCACGGGACAGCAAGUACUACAUCCCUGAGGCUGUGUAUGGCUUGCCGGUGUAUCCGGCCUACGCAGGAGGUGGUGGCUUUGUUCUUUCCCGAGCUACUCUGCGCCGCCUAGCUGGUGCCUGCGCUCAGGUUGAGCUCUUUCCCAUUGAUGACGUCUUCCUAGGUAUGUGUCUGCAGCGCUUGAGGCUCACGCCUGAGCCUCACCCGGCUUUCCGCACCUUUGGCAUCUCGCAGCCGUCUGCGGCACCGCAUCUGCACACCUUCGACCCCUGCUUCUACCGCGAACUGGUGGUCGUGCACGGGCUCUCAGCCGCUGACAUCUGGCUUAUGUGGCGCCUGCUGCACCGGCCACAUGGGCCAAUCUGUGCACACCCGCAGCCCAUGGCUGCAGGUCCCUUCCAGUGGAACUCUUAGCUAACCCAACAGUGGCAAGUUUUUCUCACUCAGCUCCAGAAUGGAGCCAGAGAGCUUGAAGGGGUACCCCGUGCAGAUUAUUAUAGUGUAUGUGGCUUUUCCCCAGAUUACUGGAUGUUAGCCUCCACAGGAUCCCAGGAAUGGAGUGGAGCGUGGCUCUUGCAGGCCCGCACUACCAGCAGCAGGUUUGGAGCCAGUGUAAGGGAGGACCACGUAUGGCCCAGCAGGCCCCAAGAGGACUGUUUAGUUCUCCUAGUAGCAAGUAGUAGCACGAGUGCACAACAGUGGCGACUUGGUUUGGAACCCCUAGGAUGAUGCAGGAAGUCUCAAAGCCAGGCAGGCACUCUGCCAUGGCUCAGUCUGAAAGUGGACAUUUUGCUUUCCACCUACUUCUCCAAAUUGGAUUCCCAGUCCUGUCCACAUCUUCAGAGCUUUCCCCUCUGAGCCAGCCCCUCCUGCGCCAAGUCUGCCUGCAACACAGGGAUUUUGACACACACAGGGACAAAUGUGUCAUGGUCGUACCUAAAAU